AUGGCUGCCACGUCCCGGGUUCUGGGUGAAUUCCCUCCUGUCAUUGUAGUCCUGCAUGGUGGCGCCAGGGCAAGAAUGUUAGCACUUCCUGUGAAAUGGAGAGGCUUCCCCAAGAAAGGCCCAAGACGGGGACAAGGUUGUGUUGGCCUUUCCCUGAGGCUCUCUCCCCUCAGGGCCUUUUUUCUGAACAUUGACUCAGUUCUGAGGAGGUUCUCACAGCCCAACUUUCUUCCCUCUGACUGGUACCUGGAUGCCAAGCUGUGGCCAAGAACCCAGUCCAUGCUGCUGCUCCACAAGGAAGUGCCGCGUCGCAUCCAGGAGGGAACCCCGAUUCUGUUUAUUGAGCGCCUACGCCAAGCUCAGGACUGGGCUCGCAACGCCAGCACUCCAGCAACUCGGGCCGGGACCCAUCCUCCAGAAGAACCGACGGCGGGCCAGCAAGGGACCGACAGAACCGCGCCCCCAGCCCCCGCGUCCCCUCUGCCGGCCUUAACCUCACCCGACCCCACGGGGGCUGCCGGAGCUAAAAUUAGGCGAGCGCGGGGCGCGCUCACGUGCACCCGGCGCACGGGGGCCAGGGGCGCGGCCCGAGUGAGUCACGGCCCCGCCCCCACCCGCAGAGGACGCGCUGACGUCAGCCGCUUCCCCGAAGGGUGA